AUGAUAACCAGAAGAAGAGGCCAUUGCAACACUGCAUUGAUGUCCCUGGAGGUUGAAGUGAGCAGUGCUGUGAAUACAAUAGAAGAUCUUUCAAGUUUUCCUGAGGAGUUCCCGGCUCGUGACAUCGAAAAGACGGGAAUGGAAUUGGAAGACAUUUUGGGAAUGGAAGACUUCGAAUGGAAUCUCGAGCCAACCUCGCCAAUCUUCGAUGUGGAGCUCGCUGAUCUUUACAGCGGCGAAAGUCAAAAUUGUGGAGCCAAAGUCACAAUUGCUUCUCCAGAUAGUGUGUCAUCUACUUUAAAGAUCAGGAACAAGCAACGGCAAGCAAACCAAGUGAUCAACAAAAAUGCAAUCGCCGCUCGGUUGAAUCGUCUCAAAAAGAAAGAGUAUGUUGACAGCCUAGAAAAGCAGGUGGGCAUCAUGUCUACGGAAAACAGCACACUAAAAACAGAAAACUCUCAUCUGACCAAAAGAGUGGAGGAAUUGGAAGAUGAGACCAGGUACCUGCGAGCCGUGCUGGCCAAUGAGAGCAUGUUGGCUCAGCUGUUGUCACGGCUGAGCGGUGUGAAUGGCAUGAAAUUAUCCUCCUCGCUUUUCCAGGGCGCCGACUCAAACGAUCACGACUACGCUCUGCCACGGAAACGUGUGAAAGUGGAGGCCAAAGAGACAUCCGGUGGCGUGUGCCUCCACGUGGACAAGAACCAUGUCUCAGUGGAGUUCUGCACUAAGUGUGCAGCCAGUGCGAGCACAUCGCUUAAAAUGUAG